UAGAUUUUUUCCUUUAUUGUGACCAAUGAAAAUGUGACUUGUACAAAAUAAUUGUGAAUGACGAACGUAUGUAAAGCUGAAACACUGUGACGUGUAUGUGUCUUCAUAAACAAUACGUUUCUCCACUUUCUUUGUACCUGUCUUAUUAGUUAAGCACAAAGUAUCGGAAAUUGUAAAAAAACCAAUGCUUUUUGUAUAUUUUGUUUUUAUAUUAACUUUAAGUCCAACAACUUACUCAAAGAAAUUUAAGGAAAAUGAAAAGCCAAAUUGGGCUAAGAAAGAUUUACGUGACUUUUCAGAUGCAGAUAUGGAAAGGUUAUUGGAACAAUGGGAGGAAGAUGAAGAGCCGCUUGAGCCGGAUGAAUUACCGGAACAUUUGAGAGUGCCGCCACAAAUAGAUCUGUCUAAAUUAAAUACAGGCAAUCCAGAAGAUUUACUUAAGUCUUCUAAAAAGGGACGAACAUUAAUGACAUUUGUCUCAGUAAGUGGAAAUCCGACAAGGGAAGAGGCUGAAACAAUCACGAAAUUAUGGCAAAGUGGUUUAUGGAAUAAUCACAUACAAGCAGAACGUUAUAUGGUCGAUGAUGACCGCGCUAUAUUCCUAUUUAAGGAUGGUUCGCAAGCUUGGGAAGCCAAGGAUUUCCUAAUACAACAAGAACGUUGCAAAGGUGUAACAAUAGAAAAUAAAGAAUAUGCCGGCACUUUUGGACAAAAUGCACAAAAAGAAGAAUUGUAAAAUGCUUAGAAGAAAAAGAAGAAGCAAAAGAACAAAGAACAUUCGCAACAAGUGAAAUAUACAAUAGCAAUAUAUUGUGAACA